UACUGGACGUCUUCACUGAAAUUCUCUCAUCUGCUCCUUCUACUUGGACGUUGGAGAUGGCCGUUGUCAGCUUUAUCAUUCUCAUGUGUGUUGCUUUGAGCAGCCCUACAGCAGGUCUUCGCCGUCCAGACAUUCCUUUUCCUGAAAUAUAUCCUGACUCUCUACCCUGUCCACUGGGCUGGAUAGAGUCUGAUGAUCGCUGCUAUAAGCUAUUUACAACCCCCAAAACAUGGCAUCAGGCUCAGGCAGACUGUAAGAAGAGGGGUAGUUAUCUAACCUCUGUUCGUAACAGUGAUGACCUCCUCAUUGUACAGAAAAUCAUGGGCUUGCCACGCCAAAAAGUUGUUUGGGUAGGAGGCACUGAUGCUGUUACUGAGGGACAGUGGCAGUGGAGUGAUGGUGAACCAUUUUCCUGGACGUUCUGGUCCCCAGGGCAGCCUGACAAUCUUGGAGAGGAGGACUGCAUGAGUGUUGUCAUUGGGGGAGGUGAAUAUGAUGAGAAGUGUAUUACAAAGCUGCCUUAUAUUUGCUAUAAAAAAAAUAUUUUUUUUUAAAAUAACAUACUGCCACUGAUACUAUUACUGUUGUUUUGUGUUCAUACAAUGGAAGUCAAUGAGUGGCAUGAUUUACAUCUGGUCGAUUCACUGCUGAUGUUACCUGUUCUUUGGAUAUAUUUUCAUUAUCACCUGUCAUCUGUUCACCUGUUCCCUUGCAUUAAAAUCAUCACCUGUUUACUUUAGCUCCACGAGUGUGGCAUCGUCAAUCUGU